GGACUUUACUGGGAGUGUUUCAGCCUUGACUUCCUUGUGCACGCUCAAAACAUGUAUCUCACUUCACUUUAGGAAGAGAGGCGCUGUACAGAGGAAAAACCCAACAGGAAAUGUGUUAAGACAUCUUAUCUGUUGCAGAGAGGCUGGCUUUGUGAACAUGAGCCAUGUCGAGGAACCCAGACGGGAGAAAGCUGUUGAAUUCUUCAGGUGAGAAUCAUGGCAGCAACUGGCUGGGUCUAUUUACUAACUACUCUGCUCCCUCUGGGAUUGGCGGUGGCACAUGACCACAGUGGGGAGACUGACACCUACCAUGUCAGUGCUGGACACAUGUUCCUGCUCGGUUGUUCUGCUGAUGCUCAUUCAGUGAACUGGAGGAGAGGAGACAACAGGAGCAUCCCUACCGGAGUGGAAGCCGUGGAUGGGCUGCUGUGGUUUUUACCACUACAGAUGUCUCAUAAUGGAACCUACAUCUGUGAGAAAAGAGAAAAGACUGGAUCUUCAAAGAGAAGGUUCAGUGUCUUGGUGUCCAGCGCAGACUGUCCUGACUCAAACGAGGAGAUUCUCAUCACUGAGGGGGUCAGAGGAGGUCUUCCCUGUAAGCAGACAGAGAUCUUCAGCCUGAAUGUCACGAGAAGAGUCAGAUGGAUGAAGGACUCUAACCUGGUGCAGUUGGACGAGGAGUCCACGUAUGUUGGUGAAGAUGGCUUCUUAAGGCUUCCUGCGGUCACGGACAGGGAUGCUGGGAAAUAUACCUGCAUAAUAAAUGUUAUCAUGAACGGCACAAGUUACACUGCUGCACGCAGCAUCCAACUGACGGUUAGAAAUGAACCUCCAGAGGUGUUUCCAGAACUGCAGGUGGUGAAACCAUUACAGGAUGUUUUUCUAGUCCAAGUGGGUGAACGAGCUGAGCUGCAGUGUUUAGUCUACACCGGCUUCAGUGAGGAUCCAGAGAUAUUGAUGUACUGGACCAUCAAUGGGAUAUACAUCAGUGAUUAUGAAGAGCUGAAUGAGACCUGGCACUUCGUUCAUGACAGAGGAAAGGUGUAUGGUCAGUCCAACCUGUCCAUCUCUAAAGUCCUACAUCAGUUCCUGAACGUCCCCAUUCUUUGCCACAUCUCGAGUCCAGCUGAAAAGAAGUUUGGUUUGGCUUGGCUACAGGAAGCCGACCUCAGUGAUUUCUAUUUGAGCAUGAUCCUGUUCCUCUCCGCUUCGCUGGUCAUUCUGGUCCUGGCUGUCUCCUUUUACUGCCUUAAAGUCGACCUGGUUUUGGCCUACAGGAAACUGCUGAGACACUUUUCCACACAAGUUUCAGAUGGAAAACUUUACGACGCCUAUGUGAGCGUCGUCCAAUCAGACGUGUGGUGUUUGUGUGAAGCAGAGAGGUUUGCUCUGCAGGUCCUGCCUGAGGAGCUGGAGCAGAAACACGGUUACUCUCUGUUCAUCCGAGGACGGGACGACUCCCCCGGAGAAGCGGUGCAUGACGUCAUUGCCACUACGCUGCACCAGUGCCGCAGACUCAUAAUCAUCUUGUCACCAGACAUUAGAAAGGUGGAGACCGAGCUUUUACAUGAGAACCAGAAUCAACUCUGGUUUGAACUAAAUCUGGGCCUCCAUGAUGCUUUGCUGAGAAAUGAUCCUAAAGUAAUUCUGGUGGAAGUUGAUGGCCCGGUGGAUUAUUGUAACCUGCCAGAGUCGCUAUGCUUUAUUAAAAGAAAACAAGGAGCGCUGAAGUGGAAAAACAAGUUUUGUGGAGCAAACCAAACCACGACGUACUCAAAAAGUGUUUUCUGGAAGAAGCUAAGAUAUUGUAUGCCUGCAGUAGGAACAGGAAACAUCCAGUCUGCCGCCUAGAAUUAUCUAAAAUACAACUUAUAUUGAAGUUUAUAAAUGUAAUCCAUCAUGGAUGUUAAGUUUACAGGGUGUUUCAUCCUCCUUCUUGGAACAAUUGAGAUAUGAACACAUGAAGACCUGACUUGUUGAUGUAAAGCAAAUACUGACUUUUUUAUUUUUUAUUUUUUGGUUUGUUUACCAAGCAUCUGAAGACACUGAAAGGACAAUGCAGCUGAUCUCUGACAUGUAUGAGUCAAUGUGUAAAAGUUCAAAAGGCUUUCAGAACUAAUCAGAAGUGUAUUUAACAUGUUAACUUAUUUAUGAUUUUCUCUUUCCGCCAGUGGAAACUCCCUGCUGACAAGGGUAUCUCAUUAAAUGUAAACCCCGAGAACAGAAAAAGGAAAUUUUAUGAUGUAUUUUCAACCUGUGACUUUUUAACCAAGCAGUUCCUUAAAACCAUAAACAAACUUGUGCGUGAAGCCCUACUAUGUAAGGUAAGAUGUUUAUGUCAGAUCAUGUAAAAAUGGAAGAGUGUAUCUGCAAAAACUGACUUUUGUUUUUAUAAAACUCAUUUAAUCUUAGUUUUUAUUUAUAUCAUGAAAUAAAUAAUAAAAUAAGUUUCUGAACACA